AUGACUGAGAAGGCCAGGCGCGAGGAAUACCUCAAGACCAAGAUCAGCGAGGGCUUCUCGCUCUUCUACGACAAGAAGAAGAACUUCAUCGAAAAGAAGGAAGUCCCCUACGUCAUGCGCUACCUCGGACAGUUCCCCUCCGAGGCCCAGGAGCAGGAGUUCGAGCCGGACGAGCCUGAGACGGUGCUGGCUGCCUUCCGGCUGCUGGACCCCGAGAACAAGGGCUACAUCGAGAUCGAGGAGAUGAAGAGGCACCUGGAGACUUCGGGCAUCUAG